AUGUGGACUUUGAACACCUUUUACCUGGGACCUGGGUUAGGUCAGGGGAUAUCAUCUCCCCGGCUCCAAGGUAACCACCAACUCUCCCACAAUUCCGGCCCCAAUACGGACGGAUCUUCCUUGACCCAACCUCCCACGCCUGCGCCCUACUCAAGACCACGCACCGGCCCAGCUCACCCCCCCCCCCCCCCCACGGAAUGUCGUCACAGCCCCGCCGGGCCUCCUGCGACUGCCACCCAAUCGACCCCUGGGCCCACACGCAGGGGCCGUUCCCCCAGCGAUCUCGCAGCGGGGCCCAAGCGAGCCGCCCAACGACAACGGACCGGUGCGGGUGGGAUCCCCCCUGGGGGGAACCCAUUUCUCCCAUUAAGGCCCCCGCCUCAACAACUUCCCCUCCCCCUCGAUGCUAUUGUUUUGCCCCCCAACAAGCGAUUCCUGGCCGACCUCGGAGGGGUCACGAUUGUCCCAGACGAUCUCGCAACCGAUUUCAAUGAGAUGACCGAGCACGACCGCAAUGUAGUCGUCUUGUCAACCUUGAGAGCAGUUCUCUCAAGGUUGGACUCAUUAACUCGUUCCCCGGCGGCCCUAAAUGGUCCACAGGCCCCCGCUGCGGCCGACGUGCCCCUGGCGGAACAGAUCCGGAGGUUCCUUUUCCUCCCGGCAGACAAGUAG